GUAAACCAGACACCAACGAGAGGGUAUGAUGGCUAAGAAGCCCCCGAAACCAGCCCCUCGAAAGAUCUUCCAAGAAAGAUUAAAGAUUACUGCUCUACCAUUGUACUUUGAAGGUUUUUUACUAGUCAAGCGGUCAGAAUACCAGGAGUAUAAACGUUAUUGGACAGAACUGAGAGGAACUACACUUUUCUUUUAUAUCGACAAAAAAAAUACAAUAUAUGUUGACAAGUUAGACAUAAUAGACCUCACACGCCUUACUGACCGGAAUUCAACUGAAAAGAAUUGUGCAAAAUUCACCCUUGUUUUGCCAAAAGAGGAAGUGCAACUGAAGACAGAGAACACAGAAAGUGGGCAAGAAUGGAGAGGCUUCAUUCUUACAGUAACAGAGCUGUCAGUUCCCCUACAUGUGUCACUCCUUCCUGGGCAAGUAAUUAGACUGCAUGAAGUGCUAGAGAGAGAAAAGAAAAGGAGGAUUGAGACAGAGCAGAUACCAAGUUCAUCUACGGAAAAAGAGAAGGAACCAAUCGAAGAUUAUGUGGAUGUACUGACCCCUAUGCCAGCAUGUUUCUAUACAGUAUCCCGGAAAGAAGCAACUGAGAUGCUUGAGAAGAACCCUUCUUUGGGAAAUAUGAUCCUGAGGCCUGGUAGUGACAGUAGAAACUACUCCAUCACUAUCCGGCAGGAGAUAGACAUGCCAAGAAUCAAGCACUACAAAGUGAUGAGUGUAGGAAAUAACUACACUAUUGAACUGGAAAAACCCGUAACACUCCCAAACCUUUUCAGUGUCGUUGAUUAUUUCAUGAAGGAGACUCGAGGCAAUUUACGACCAUUUAUAUAUUCAACCGAUGAAACCCUUGGCCAAGAACCCAACACAGAAGAGAGAGGAGAGAGGUUGAGGAAAAAUCUACAUAUUGCAUGAACCAAAAUGGGAAACCUAGCUUCAUGUGUCUUGGUAACUUUUCAAAAGGAAGAUCUUACUUUUAAAGAAAAUUACCUCGAUUUUCCUGAUCCUGAUUACCAAGUCACUUACCUGGACACCAGAAUUAAACACUGUAGCAUACAAUUUCACUAUCUUGUCAGAAUGAAACCAACUCACCAGUAAACUAUAAAAUAUAGCUGUGAAGGUAACUCAGAGAUAUACGCAUUCCCAAGCAUUGAUAUAAGUUGAAAACAUAUGAUCCAUUCCAAAUGGAGUUUUUAUUUCCCUAUGCUUCAAUUUAAUACAUUUCCCCUCUAUACAGCUUCCACAGCAGAUUUUCUAGUUCUCCUAAAUUCUAGCAAUUCCAGAAAACCUCACUAGGUUUUGUUGAAAUCUGAUUUAUCAAAUUUAAGUCAUUCUAACUAUCUAGCUAGAAACCAGAGACAUGAAAUGUACUAGGAGAAGCCCUUUCCCAAUGGAAAUAUUCCACGUUACAUUUUUGUUACUAGAAAUAAAUGAAAUUUAUUAAUUUCCAUGUUUUUCCCUGACGUUAUCUUUUUGUUAACUCUAAAUCAACCCACACCUCCUUUUGUAAAAGCCUUAAUGGUAAGGAUGGUAAAAGGCUAUGUAAUCAUCCAUUUCAAAAGUAUAACAGUGAGACUGACUAUAAUCACUCAGAAUCCUUUAAAAAUACUGAUUUCUCAACCCCACGCUAGAUCUACUGAAUCAAAAUCUCAGGGAUAUUUUUUUAAUACAUUUUUUUCUUGAAAAACAAGCUUCUAAAUUGAUUUUGAUGGUCAUUCAAUUUGGGAAUCACUUGUGCAAUCAACUAAGAAUCAAAAGAUAUGGCUUAUAUUCUACUCCUGGUUCUAAUUAUUUGGAUGUUUGGCUUCUUUGGUGUCCUCAUCUGAAAAAACAAAGGGGUUAGAAUGGAUUUCUAAGGUCCUCUUACCUCCAACAUCUUAUACAGAUGUGUCUUUAUGAGAAAAGGAGAUUAGGACGCAAACACAGAGGAAAGACCAUGUAUGACAGAGGGAGAAGAUGACCAUCUAUAAGCAAACAAGAAGAAAUGAACCUUGCUGACACCUUGAUCUUGGACUUUUAGCCUCCAGAACUGAGAAAAUAAAUUUCUGUUGUUUAAGCCACUGAGUCUACGGUAUUUGUUAUGGCAGCCCUAGCAAACUAACUCAAUGAGUUAUCUGGGAUGCCUGAAAAUAUGCAGAAUCCUAAGCCUCCUUCAGAUUUACUAAUUUCUGGAGUUGGUCCAGAAAUCUGCCCUUUUAUCACACACCACAAUCAAAUUUGUUAUAAUGAAGUCUGCAAACUUCUUUAAAAUCUGUGAUAUCAACUGUAUUAACUGAUGCAAAGAUCUAUCUACCUAUCUAUCUACCUACCUACCUACCUAUCAUCUGUCUGUCUGUCUAAUCUCUUAUUCUCAAAGACCUUACAAUUAAGUUAGUCCAAAUAUAGUUAAGGAACAAGAGACUAAAGAGCUCCAAUUUGCUACCAUCUCAAAAGGUUAAGAGUGAAUUCUUGCAUUCUAUAAGAAAAUACAGUCCUUAAUACCGAAAGCUUCAACAAAAUGGACCCCUAAAGAUGGUGAGGCACGUGGCUGACUGCAAUGAAGAGAGAAGGAAUGGACAAGGGAGCUCGAAAUCAAAGGCGAGGGCCUGAUCAAGGUGGAGAGUCUAACAGGAGACAAGCAACACAUAAUUAGUUGGGAAAAAGAGAGAGUCACAAAAACUGCAGAAAUUGAAAUUGGGAGACAAAGACCAUAAAAUGGCCCUCAGAGUUUAAAUAAUAAAUAUUAGAAAAUAUCUGCAUGGGAUAGGAAACUACAAAAAGUGACCCAGCAGCUUUAAAAAAGAGAACCAAACAGAACUUCUGGGACUGAAAAAUACAACCAAAAUUAAAAACAAAAUGGAUGGAUAUAAUAGUAAGUACGUACUUAACAGAUGAAAAGAAGUACACUAGAAUAUGAGUCAGAAGAAAUUACAUAGAAUAAAGCAUAAGACAAAAACAACUGGAAAAUACAGAAGAGAGGGUGAUAAACAGGGAGGGCAGAGUAAGUUUGCCAUGUUCAAUGAGAGUCACCAUAGAAGAGAAUGGCGGGGAGCGGGGAACAACAUGUGAAGGAAUAAGAUCUGAGACUUUCUCAGAACUAACAAAAGAUAUAAAUCUACAUUCAAAGAGCUGAACAAAUCCCAAACAGGAUUAAUAAAAAGAAAUCCAUACCCAGGAUUAUUUAUUUAACACAGACUAAUUAUUUAACACACAAUAAUUAAACUGCAUAAAAUGAAAGCAUGUAAACAGAUUUCUUUUUAAAGAUGCAAUAUUUAGCCUGACAGCUGACUCAACAGCAACAGCAGAAGUCAUAAGAGAGCAGAAAAGCAUCUCCAAUGUGCUGAAAGAUAAUAAAGACCAAAUUAGAAUUUUACGUUUGGCAAAAUAUAUUUGCAGACAAAGAAAUCAUGAGCAAGUAUGCCACCAGUGGACUCUCACAAAAUGAACUUCUAAAGGAAAUAUUUCAGGUAGGAAGAAAUUUAUUCCAGAUGGUAAGCCUGAGAAACAAAAAAGAACAAAAAAGCAAUGAAAGUGAUAUGCUUGUGAAUAAAUACAAACAUAGACUAUCUAGACAAAGUAAUAAAGUCUUGCAAAAUUAAGACAUUAAACUACAUGACAACAGAAUUGAAUACAUAACAGAAAUAAAAUAUAUGACCACAGUAUGCAAGUUGGGAAUUAGAGUUGUACCAGUGAUCUGCAUAAUAAAUAAUCCCCAAACUUAUUUGCAUAAACAAUCCAUGUUGAUGGACUCUGUGGGUCAGGAAUUUGGUAGAACACAGCAGGGAAGGUUUGUCUCUGCUCCAUUAAGCCUGGGGCCUAGAAUCAUCUGGAAGCUUGCCUACUCACAUGUCGUCUGACACCUGACGCUGGCUGUAGGUUAGGGGCCUCAUUUUCUCUGCAUGUGGGGUAGUUUAGGCUUCCUCAAAACAUGAUGUCUGGAUUCCAAGGAUGAGCUUUCCAAGAAGGAGAGAUCAAGCAAGAGAGAGUGAGAGACAGCCAAGUGGAAGCCUUUUAUGACCUAACCUUAGAAGUCAUACAGAGUUACAUAUGCUGUACUCUGUUACAUUAGUUGAGGCAUUCAUAAAUCCUUGUUUAGGUUCAAGGGGAGCAGAAACAGAUUCUGUCUCUUGAUGGGUUUGGGGGAUAGGUGAUAAGCUUCUAGAAUAGUAUCUGUGAUUGGAAAUGUUGUGGUCAUUUUUGGAAACUAUAAUCUGCCAAAAGAUAAAUGAUUAACUUUAGUCUAACUUUACCUGAAUAUGGCAUGUUGUAAUAAAGGGUAAUCAUCAAAGGACGAAAGUUAUUAAACUAGUAAAGAAAAAUAAAAUGCGUACAGCUCAGGAAAAGAGAGACCAUAUCAUUUAUAUUAAGAAAGAAUUUAACAUAAGGAAUUGGUUAAACAGGUUUUAGGAGAACUGAUAAUGUCACCAAGGGACACGACAUUUAAGGGAAAAGGGUGGGAUUACUAGAACCUGGAAGCCUAGAAGAGAUACUCUGCAGAUUGCUGGAGAAAAACUAGAGCAUGGGAACUAACCACAACUACUGGGAGAAAAGCCAUUGCUGAGGUGAUGCUGACAAUAUCAGGAAGCAAAUGGGAAGAGUAAAAGUCUCUUCUCCCUACCUCCAGCAUUCCAGUCUCCUUCUAGUGCCCCCUAUUUGUGUAACCUAAAGGAAGCCAGAUGGCAAAGGAGAAAUGUAGUUUGCAAAGUUCCAGAAUAUAGAAGGGUAUCUAGAGUUGAGAGACAAUCAGUUAAUAAUCGGCAUAAACGGAUUUAAAAAAUUAA